CAUAAACAAAACUGCAAUGCAGUUUACAAAUCUUGAGAUAAUAAUCAGAAAUAUGACAUUAUUUCAAGAAGUAGAUGAGGUUUGAGUAAAACGACACUAUUAAACUAUUGAACUGUGACGUAAUGGAUCUGCAGAGUAUCUCGCCGUCAACUGCAUCAUCGCAUUUGGAAACGGGCCUUCCGCCAAACGCACGACUGAACUUGAAUCUUGAACAGCCUCAACAGGGUAAUCCUGCAGAUGGGCAGUUUAGAGAGUCAACGGACAUCUCUCGCAGACAUUCCACUUCAGACUUCGCUCAGCAGAUAAGACAGUUAGAAAUCGAGGGGAACAAACUGAGGGCGUCAUCGGCCAGUGUGUUUGAAAUAAGCGCUAGUGGACUUUCUCCACUUAACAGUGGAAAUGGCACAUCAGAGACUUCAAAAGGGCUCUCAACAAACUUGUCAUCUCUUACUUCACUGGUGGACAUUUGCUCCGAGCAGAAAACUAUUGCAGAACUCAGGGUACAGCUUGACCAGCAGCAGAAGGAGACCGAACAGCUGCAGUCCUACCUACUGCAUGAUGGGACGUCGGCUGGGCGGGGCUUCGUUACCGUGUCGCCCCCAGGCAGGUCGGCUUUCUCAACCGUGUCAGAACCACCAUCCACCAGAGUACUCUGCGAGUUUGAUCCUCCGUCUCACUUAGAACGAGCAUUAAAAGAUUCCCAGGAACAGGUUGCACAUCUGAGGAAAAAGCUAUACGAGGCAAAUGAAAAAGCUGACAGUCAGAAAAGACAGUUUCGUGUUAACAUAGAAGAGCUGAGGGCCAAACUUCAUGAAACCAUUGUGAACAGGGACACUAUCCUCGAAUUAAGGCAAAAGGAGGCUGUUUCUCAUGAGACUUUGAUCAGUAAACUCCAGUCAACAGUACAAGAACUACACGAGAAGUACCAGACCAUAGACAGGGCUCUCAUUGAGGCUACAAAGAAACUGGAUGUAUGUAGCGAAUCCAAGUGUACAAUGGAGACCACACUUGGCGAGAUACAGACCAUUCUGUCGGAGAAGGAGAAGAAACACGGGAAGGCGUACUUUGACUGCGACCCGAUUUGUCAGCAGAAGUGCUCAAUACUCCCUCUCACACUGAAGAGAUGUUUGGAGCUCAUGGAGGGUGACCUAGAGGCCAAGAAAAUAAAACUGUCAGCGAUGGAAGAGGAGCUGUCUGUGUUGAAGUUGUCUACAUCGGAGAAAGAACGACUUCUCACCCAAGUCCAUCAGGAAACACUAAAACGAGAAAGUGAAGAUGCCACAAAACGCGUGAGCCAGCUGUCAAGUGAUUUGGAACAGCAGUUGGAUGCAGCCAAUGAACGGGCAAAGAAUGCCAGAGCACAAGCUUCUGCCUUGCAGUCUCAGAUGAAUAUGCUAGAGAGCCAGCACGCCCAGCAGACGAAGUUAAAGGAAGACACGAUCUCUGAGAUGGAGACCAAGAUCAGUCAGCUUAAAGCAGAUUACAAUCAGGAUCGAGCCCAGUGGCAGCAAACGAGGGAGACACUGGAGGCUGACCUGGACGAAACACGCAGGGAACUAACCAGCAUCCGAUCCGAGAGAGAUCAGUUCAGUCAUAAAUCUGUUUCCAUGGAAACAUCCAAUGAACACCUGCAGAGUUCAGUAUCUCAUCUUCAGAUGGAGUUGGAAAGAGAAAGAGAACGAAACACCCAGCACAGAGAAAGGGAGGAAACUCUGCACACCAAACUGAUGGCUGCUGAAUUGGAGUUAUCCCACAAACAGCAAGACGUGGACAGACUUGAGAAGAUGUUGGAGGUUGUCAAACAGGAAUGUAGCAACCAGAUCAAAGAGAUGGUUGGCACUGCAGAAAAAUUAGAAAGGGACAGAUACACAGAACAAUUGAACAGUCUCCAAUCACAGCUGACAUCGAUGACAGAGAAGUUCCACAAAGUGACUGCUGAGCUGGAUCUCAUCAGAAGUGAAUCAGAGAAGCUCAAACAGCAGCUGCAAGCUGUAACACAAGAACUGGACUCUGCAAAAUCUCAGUUACAGUCUGCCGUGACUGAGAAACAGCAGCUGUCGCAGACUGUUACCGACCUGAAGAGGGACGUGGAUCGACUCGGCAAAGAACGAGACUACUACUUUGGACAGGUGGAUGAGAAGAACGAGGUCCUCUCGCAGGUCGCCAGCCACAAGGAACGGCUGAAUGCACAGCUCGAGGAAAAGACUCUCAACCUCCUCACGCUGAAGCAGCAGUCGGAAAACAUCUCUCAACUGGUCGAGGUCAAUUCCAGGACCAACGAAAACAUCCGGGAGGAAAAGGAACGCAUCUUGGCGCUGCUCACCGAGAAGACCGUGGCCCUGAAGGAGAUGGAGGUGCUGCACGAUAAUCUCAGUAAGAAACUGAAGAUCCGGGAGAAGAGGAUUGCGGAAGCGGAGGAGGAGCGACAGAGGUUAGUGGCGGACUUGGGGAUGAGGAACGAGCAGGUGAAUGUCCUGCUGCAGGAGAAGGAGAAGUUGUAUGAGGAGCUGAAGGAGAGCCGAUUAGAAGUGGCCGGUGUCACGGCCAGCAGGAGCUCCAUGAAGGAGGAAAUCUUCAAACAGAAAAACUACUAUGAAACGGAGAUUACAAGGCUGCAAGCAAAACUGAAAAGUGCAGAAAAUGACUUGAUAUUAGCACAGAAGACAAUAAGAAGUAAACAUUGCUUGGACAACAAAGCCGUGCGCUAUGCUGAUAAGAUGCAGAAGGAGAUCACCAACAAGAGGUCAGAGGUCGACAGCCUUCAGUCGAAAUUGAGAAAACUUGAUGACAAAGUGGACAUGCUGCUCAAAGAGAAGUCCAUGAUACAGAAGGACAAGGAUCAACUGAAGAAAGCGUUGAUGAAGUCCAUCAAUAACUGUGAGCAGCUCUCUGAGGAGCUUCAGACCUGUCUUAGUAAGAACAACAAACUGCAGGAGAACGUGGGCCAGCUCGAGGCGGCCGUUGAGAAGGCCAUGAUGGGCACGGCUACUCGGGCUCAGCUGGAGGGCUUUGAGCAGGAAAUGGCCAGAGUUAAAAUCAACCACCAGCUUGAUUUGAAGGAAGCUGAACAGAAUGCACAGACAAGAUCUCUGCACAUUGCUCAGCCUUCGUCGAGUAGUCCCGUCCAGCAAGCAAGGUUACCAAGGCAACCAGUUGAUGAAGAUGGUGGAGCUAACACUGUGCGAUCCCGACAAGCUGCUGAGGUUACUCGGACAGUGACGUCGUGCGAUGCUCAUCGGUCGAAACCUGUCACAGAGACUGGAAACAAGUCUAAGAAUGUAAGUCAUCUACAAAAUAUAUUACAUAAUGCAACUCUGACGAAUCUGAAGUGCCAGACUCUGGCAGCGAUACACCGGAUGCAUCACCUGCCCCAUGUAACUGAAUUUACAGACUAUGUGACAACAGCGUGGGUUGAUGAUGACUCCUUGUUCAAGGUAGCUAUGUGGAACCAGCAUGGCAACAUUGGUCCUAGAACCAAUAACCACCUUGAAGGGUGGCAUUCCAAGCGGAACCGUUCUCUUACAAACGCUCACCCUAACAUUUAUGAGUUCAUAAAUAAACUGAAGACGUUGAAGAGAAAACCAGAAGGACACUGA